AACUCGAACGUCCGAUCGCGACAGGCGCGUAAAUAUGCGUGCGAUCCCUGAGGAGGAGUGUGGCGUGAAUUCCUUGACCCGCGGGGGCUCUCCACAUUGAAAUGGGCGUCGUUAACAAGAGAAGUUGAUAAACGCCGGCGAGGUAGGGGACAGGGAGUUAUGCGACUGUCUUGACUCGACUCGGCCUCAGUUCGGGCAGUUUCAGCCACCGAGCGAGCAUGGAUCCGGUCUGGCUGUGGCACCAGUUAGCGCGACCUGACAAGCCCGAACGUCGCGUCAAUCCAAUCAAUCCUUUUCCGCAAAGGCCAUGGCUCCGAGAUCGAGGCGCGGCUGCCCCGGCAGCCGGCAACAUCGGCCUCAAGGGCAUUAUUGCCGGUGGUAUAACUGGAGGUAUUGAGAUUAUGAUCACUUAUCCCACGGAAUACGUAAAAACACAACUACAACUUGAUGGAAAGAGUGGCGCAGAUAAAAAGUACACAGGAAUAUGGGACUGUUUAACAAAGACAGUGAAGAAUCGUGGGAUCCUUGGAUUAUACAAAGGAUUAUCCGUUCUUUUGUAUGGUUCUAUUCCUAAAUCCGCAGUGCGCUUUGGUGCUUUUGAAUCUGCAAAAAAGAGAUUGGUAGACUCUGAAGGAAAGUUGAGUCCUCAAGGAAAAUUUCUUGCUGGUGUUUGUGCGGGAACUUGUGAAGCCAUUUUAGCAGUGACUCCUAUGGAGACAAUCAAAGUAAAAUUUAUUAAUGAUCAGAGGUCUGCCAACCCAAGAUACAAAGGGUUUUUCCAUGGCGUAAGCUUAAUCGUUAAAGAAAGUGGAAUUAAAGGCGUAUACCAAGGAUUAGCUCCAACUAUAUUAAAACAGGGUUCAAAUCAAGCGAUCCGCUUUUUCAUAAUGGAAACAGCGAAAGACUGGUACAAAGGUGGCGAUAAUAAUAAAUCAGUUCCUAAACUUAUGGUCGGAACUUUCGGUGCAAUAGCAGGUGCAGCUUCAGUCUUUGGCAACACCCCAAUCGACGUUGUAAAAACUAGAAUGCAGGGCCUAGAAGCUUCGAAGUACAAGAAUAGUUGGGAUUGUGUGGUUAAAAUAUGGACAAAGGAAGGGCCAGGCGCUUUCUACAAAGGAACUGUCCCCAGGUUAAGUAGAGUGUGCCUCGAUGUUGCAAUUACAUUUAUGAUUUAUGAUAGCGUCAUGGAAGUCUUCAACAAAGCCUGGCCUUAACGUGGUCAGUUUAUUGUUACUAAUUUCAGUUUCCACGAGACCGGACACUUUAUAAAAAACGCGAAACAUUCCAUUGUUUUGUCAGUGUUAGAUUAGUUGUACCAUGGUGCCAAGUUUAAUCAACGUUUUCAGUACUAUUAAUCGAAAAUGCAUCGAAGAAGUAUAUGUACAAAUUAUGAAACAAAUCAUAAAAAUCUCUAAAUUAAUUUAUAAUAUAACACUCGAGAAAGAAUGAUAGAUGGGUCUAUCUUUUAUACUGUUUAAACGGUCUAAAGCAAUUGCAUCGCAGCUUAUAGUUAUUGCUCUGAUGUAAACUUGAUUGUUGAAUUUAUUUACAAUUUAUCAAAAUUAUAAAUAUCUUCCAAUUUAUUGAGAUAUUUCAUAUAUUUUUCUAUCGUUUAGAUAUAUUAAAUAUUAUAUAAUUUAAUGCGACAUAGUUGCACACAUAAUUUAGUAUUACAUGGUGAAUGCAAUAUAUACUUGUCAGUGUUUGGCACAAUUAACUUUAAUAACGCUGCUUGAGCUACAGGGUAUUGCUCGACGAAGCAAGUGUUACAAAACAGUAUCCAUUCCAAAAAUCAUUCCACAUGAAACGAAUUUUAUAUACAGAUAAACGAUAUCUGCUAUAUUUUAUACCAUUAUACCUGUACUUUAGUGAAAUGCAAGAAUGUAUGUAUUACUUUCUACUUCACCGUAGUACUGUAUAUUUUACUGCAAAAUAUAUUCGCUGAUCGUAAACACCAA